AAGAAACACACUGUUGAUGAGAAGUCUAAAGGAUGGCAGAAGAGCUGCAUUAUUCUCCCGUGGUUUUCAAGAAUCGCGUUGUUUCUUCGCCGAAAGGUGAGUCUUGGCCUUUCUUUCUCAUCUCUUCAUCAAUAUCACUCUCUUUUAGUUCAUUUCUAUCAGUUUACAAAAAUGUCAGUUCCAGACUGAAGACUAUAACAAUCACAAUUGUUUGUGAAUAUUCAAAUUGAAGGGUGCUUAAAGCAAGUGAGGCAGAUAUGCCAGCUAUUUAUGCUGAAUCAUGUUUUUUUGUCUUUGUGAUGGCAAAUCUACUCUGCUAUUAUGUUUUAAUCAAGUAUCUUUACAGUUAAUCAAGUACAAAUUACAUUCUUAACCCAUUUAAUAUCAUGGGUCACAAUAGCAAGAAUACUUUGUUUGUACUUUACAGGCUCUGGAGAAGUUAAAGUUGUACUUAUAAUAAAAUGUUUCAUAUUAUGCAUUAUCAUAUCAUUUAGACAAGUUUCAUAUGAUUUCUCAAAAUGUUCACAAGACCACAAGCAUAUUUCUCAAAGAUGUACCUUUACAGACACAUUUGGCACCAGAAGUCUGUAUUCAACAGCUUUAAAAACAAUACAUUGAAUCCCUGAUGCUUGAGGUAUAUGAAUUAAUACAGUGUCUGUAAUUUAUGAUACAGUGAGGGAAAAAAGUAUUUGAUCCCCUGCUGAUUUUGUACGUUUGCCCACUGACAAAGAAAUCAUCAGUCUAUAAUUUUAAUGGUAGGUUUAUUUGAACAGUGAGAGACAGAAUAACAACAAAAAAAUCCAGAAAAACGCAUGUCAAAAAUUUUAUAAAUUGAUUUGCAUUUUAAUGAGGGAAAUAAGUAUUUGACCCCCUCUCAAUCAGAAAGAUUUCUGGCUCCCAGGUGUCUUUUAUACAGGUAACGAGCUGAGAUUAGGAGCACACUCUUAAAGGGAGCGCUCCUAAUCUCAGCUUGUUACCUGUAUAAAACACACCUGUCCACAGAAGCAAUCAAUCAAUCAGAUUGGCCAAGACCAAAGAGCUCUCCAAGGAUGUCAGGGACAAGAUUGUAGACCUACACAAGGCUGGAAUGGGCUUUCAAGACCAUCGCCAAGCAGUUUGGUGAGAAGGUGACAACAGUUGGUGCGAUUAUUCGCAAAUGGAAGAAACACAAAAUAACUGUCAAUCUCCCUCGGCCUGGGGUUCCAUGCAAGAUCUCACCUUGUGGAGUUUCAAUGAUCAUGAGAACGGUGAGGAAUCAGCCCAGAACUACACGGGAGGAUCUUGUCAAUGAUCUGACCACACAAUGAAAGUGUUGUGGUCAGAUGAGACCAAAAUCGAGCUCUUUGGCAUCAACUCAACUCGCCGUGUUUGGAGGAGGAGGAAUGCUGCCUAUGACCCCAAGAACACCAUCCCCACCGUCAAACAUGGAGGUGGAAACAUUAUGCUUUAGGGGUGUUUUUCUGCUAAGGGGACAGGACAACUUCACCGCAUCAACGGGACGAUGGACGGGGCCAUGUACCGUCAAAUCUUGGGUGAGAACCUCCUUCCAUCAGCCAGGGCAUUGAAAAUGGGUCGUGGAUGGGUAUUCCAGCAUGACAAUGACCCAAAACACAAGGCCAAGGCAACAAAGGAGUGGCUCAAGAAGAAGCACAUUAAGGUCCUGAGUAGCCAGUCUCCAGACCUUAAUCCCAUAGAAAAUCUGUGGAGGGAGCUGAAGGUUCGAGUUGCCAAACGUCAGCCUCGAAAACCUUAAUGACUUGGAGAAUAUCUGCAAAGAGGAGUGGGACAAAAUCCCUCCUGAGAUGUGUGCAAACCUGGUGGCCAACUACAAGAAACGUCUGACCUCUGUGAUUGCCAACAAGGGUUUUGCCACCAAUUUUUUUUUUUGUUAUUCUAUCUCUCACUGUUCACAUAAACCUACCAUUAAAAUUAUAGACUGAUCAUGUCUUUGUCAGUGAGCAAACGUACAAAAUCAGCAGGGGUUCAAAUACUUUUUUCCCUCACUGUAUAUCAUACGUUAAUAGGUCAAAUUGUAUGUAGCAACUGCAGAUUGCCCCUUUAAUGUAAUUAUGUGCUUUUAACAUGUCAUACUGAUACAGUAAUUCCCUCUAAAACAGCUGUGAGAAAUGGUCCUCUAGUAGUUGAUUAUAUCACACCCCCACCCUCUUGUACGUGUGUGCGUGCGUGAUUGCGUAUACGUGUGUGAGUGUUUUAGUGUGUGUGCGGCAUGUGUGUGUCUGGGACAGAUUUUCACCAGUCAAUGUCCAUUGCUCGUGUUUCUUGGCCCAAGCAUGUCUCUUCUUCUUAUUGGUGUCCUUUAGUAGUGGUUUAUUUUCAGCAAUUCGACCAUGAAGGCCUGAUUCAUGCAGUCUCCUCUGAACUCUCAACUUGAUGUUGAGAUGUCUGUAACUUGAACUCUGUGAAACAUUUAUUUGGGCUGCAAUCUGAGGUGCAGUUAAUAGCCGAUUUUUGAUGCUCUGCAGCAGAGGGCCAGUUUCAUCAUACCACUUGAUGGUUUUUGCGACUGCACUUGAAGAAACUUUCAAAGUUCUUGAAGUUUUCCGGAUUGACUGGCCUUCGUUUCUUAAAGUAACUGUUGUUUCUUGUUGCUUAUAUGAGCUGUUCUUGCCAUGAUAUGGACUUGGUCUUUUACCAAAUCGGGCUAUCUUCUGUAUACCACCCCUACCUUGUCAAAACACAACUGAUUGGCUCAAACACAUUAAGGAAAGAAAUUCCACAAAUUAACUUUUACUAAGGCACACUUUUUAAUUGAAAUGCAUUCCAGGUGACUACCUCAUGAAGCUGGUUGAGAGAAUGCCAAGAGUGUGCAAAGCUGUCAUCAAGGCAAAGGGUGGCUACUUUGAAGAAUCUCAAAUAUAACAUAUAUUUUGUUUUGUUUAACCCUUUUUGGGUUACUGCAUGAUUCCAUAUGUGUUUUUUCAUAGUUUUGAUGUCUUUACUAUUUUCUACAUUGUAGAAUAAUAGUGAAAAUAAAGAACAACCCUGGAAUGAGUAGGUGUGUCCAAACUUUUGACUGGUACCGUAUGUGUGAAGGGAUGCAUAGACAAUAUGGACAGUAUAUGGAUAGAAUGUGUAGUAUAUCUGAAGAAAAGUAUAUGUACAGCAAUAGUUAAAUAGGAUAGGCGUUGACUAGAAUACAGUGUAUACAUAUGAAGUGGGUAAAACAGUAUGUAAACAACAUUGUUGCAAUACUGUCCGUUGAGCACAGCUUAAAAUAUACUGUGUUUCAUAUGAUGGUUUCAUCUGUCUAUGAGAAGAACUGAACAUUGGAGCUCUGACCACAAGCUCCUAAAUGCCUGACCUUUUUACCUAUCCAACAAUCUUAGACAACCAUUGAAGUCCUCAUCAAUCUUGUUACAUAUGAUUUAUUUAUUAGAGGUAUGGACUCAUUGUGUAACCUGUCACCUAUUGUCUGUUUGUCCUCUUUGCAUUUUUUUUUGUUGUUGUUUGUUCUAAUUUCUUCGCUCUCCUCUAUUGCUGCAUCCCGUUUCAUUUUCUUUUUUUGCAGAGUCCUCCACGGUCUCUGAUUGGUUGGUUUCUUUAUCAUUAGUGUGUUCCAUCUCCUCAGCCACUGGAGCCUCCUCUUUGUUCUUGGACGACUUCUUGUUCGUUUUGUCACUGGGAGAAAUUCACGAUUUGAUUGACAUUACUGUUGUGUUUAGAAGACUGUCUCUGCAUAUACAUUUGCAAGUAUUUUAUGUAAUAUGAACAUAAUGGUUUUAGUUUAUCUGAUACACACAUAUUGUGAGACUAUUUUGUGUACAAAAUAACUUCUCAUCAAAUUAAUCUAAUUGGGUAAUUGAUGGACAGAAUAAAGGAUUGGACACCAUCUUCAUUAAACAAGUGGUGUAGCUAUAUUCUCUGAUCCAUUUCGACCUCACUACUGUCCUCUGGUGACAAUAUUUCAACAUUGCAGCUGCCCCACGUUCAUAUUGUAGCAACACCGUUUCCAUUCUACCUCCUAGGGUUGGCUCAUUAGUGUACUGAAGAUCUAUUGCAUUCAUAUGGGACAUUAAUUAAUAUUACAGACAAAUGGGAAACCGAUUACUACAUUUUGACACCUUAGCAAGUCUGGGCAUUUCCUUUAUCUUGUAACCAGUCAAUGUGGCUUGGUCAACUUAUAAAUCAACCAGUGACUGGAGGGUAUAGAGAGGGUACGGCAAGUCUUCAGAGGUAUGCUCACACUAAAACAAGAGAGGAAUAAAAUAAUCCUAUUUCUGUUUCUGCACAUAGUUACAGUGCAUUCAGAAAGUAUUCCGACCCCUUUACUUUUUCAACAUUUUGUUACGUUACAGCCUUAUUCUAAAAUAGAUUAAAUUGUUUUUUUUCUCCUCAUCAACCUAUACACAAUACCCCAUAAUGCCAAAUCAAAUACAGGUUUAUGUCACAUAGAAUACAGCUUUUUAGUGAAUUUCCAUGAAUAAAAAAAAUAACAGAACAGUCUCAACAUCGCAUUUAAAAGAAAUAUCACAUUUACAUAAGUAUUCAGACCCUUUACUCAGUACUUUGUUGAAGCACCUUUGGCAACGAUUACAGCCUAAAAUCUUCUUUGGUAUGACGCAGAGCAUAUGAGCGGAGUGGAGCGAGCGUGGAGCGUGAGCGGACGGAUUUUGAACAGAGCGCAGAGCGGCAUUUUUAAAAGGACGGAGCGUCGCCCUAUGUCCCGCUCCAAUUUCGCUCGCUCACACCACGAGUCUGAAGCAUGCUCAAGCCUGACCCAGAAUCCAUCUGUUUAAUUUAAUUUGUGUCGUCCAUGAAUUUGUAUUUUAUAGAGCGAGAGGAGCAGCAGCAGCAACAAGAGAAAAGGGUUGAGGAAUUCAAAAGUGUAUUCACUGCACGCAAAGGCCCAACCAUAACAAGGGAGAGAAAAAGAGAGCUGGAUGUAGCAUUUUUUAAAAUGAUUUUCAUGGACUAUGAACCGCUGAGUAAAGGAGAACGCGAAGGGAUGCAACACUUCGCCAGCGCAGCUCAACCGUGCUACACCCCCCCAAGAAACUAUGAUAAAUCAGUACUUUACUUUGUCAAAUUUACAUCUGAGAUGCCCCAUUCACAUGCUUCAGCUGGCGAUCAAAAACGCCGUUAACGAGCACGACAACAUUAAUAGGCUGUUAGUGAAAGUCGGGCACCUGGUGAAAAGUGUACGCAAGAGCACAGAGGAAACCGAGCAAUUAGGUGUCCGCCCCACAAAUGCCUGCGCCAUUCGAUGGAGCAGCCAGCUGCGGAUGAUUCAGUCGUUCAUCCGGUUGUUCCAAAAAGACCCGUUAUGGCAAAACAAACUCAAGUCUAAUGUUGCUAACAUCACCCUGAAUCAAGUACGGCAGCUGACGCACCUUGUCAGUGUGCUGACACCACUAGCAGACCUCACAGACAAAAUGCAGAAGGAGCUGGGGAACCUGGGGAUGAUCCUCCCUGCUGUCACAGAAAUCAAAUCCCUGCUCACCGAUUACACUCACGCUGCACUUCCAAUGGGCAUCGCUGCUUUUGCAGAAACAUUGGCAAACAACGUGUCAAUUCGCUAUGGAAUAUACUAUACUGAUUAACAUCUCAUUUUAGCGUCAGUGUUAGAUCCCCGUUUCAAGACAGAAUGGAUAAUCCGAGAUGAGUCUGUAUGCAACAAAUUCGGGGAGAUAAAGUAAGGCUGUGGUUUAAGCUAAAAGUGAAAUACAUGCAGAUUUUGUUCCUUUUUUGGAGUGAGCGGGGGCGAUUUGAGUGGAGUGCGAUGCAAACUGCGUUGAGCGCUGAGCGAUAAUGAGCGGACUGGCCUGAUGUGGUUUUGAGCGGGUGAACAGCUCCGUGAGCGAGGAGCUGAGAUUCUCACCGCUCCACUCCGCACAUAUGCUCUGGUAUGACGCUACAAGCUUGGCACACCUGUAUUUGGGGAGUUUCGCCCAUUCUUCUCUGCAGAUCCUCUCAAGCUCUGUCAGGUUGGAUGGGGAGUGUCGCUGCACAGCUAUUUUCAGGUCUCUCCAGAGAUGUUUGAUUGGGUUCAAGUCUGGGCUCUGGCUGGGCCUCUCAAGGACAUUCAGAGACUUGUCCUGAAGCCACUCCUACGUUGACUUGGCUGUGUGCUUAGGGUUGUUGUCCUGUUGGAAGCUGAACCUUCGCCCCUGUCUGAGGUCCUGCGGGCUCUGGAGCAGGUUUUCAUCAAGGUUCUCUCUGUACUUUGCUCCGUUCAUCUUUCCCUCGAUCCUGACUAGUCUCCCAGUCCCUGCCGCUGAAAAACAUCCCCACAGCAUGAUGCUGCCACCACCAUGCUUCACCCUAGGGAUGGAGCCAGGUUCCCUCCAGACGUGACGCUUGGCAUUCAGGCCAAAGAGUUCAAUCUUGGUUUCAUCAGACCAGAAAAUCUUGUUUCUCAUGGUCUGAAAGUCUUUAGGUGCCUUUUGGCAAACUCCAAGCGGGCUGUCAUGUGCCUUUUACUGGGGAGUGGCUUCCGUCUGGCCACUCUACCAUAAAGGCCUGAUUGGUGGAGUGCUGCAGAGAUGGUUGUCCUUCCGGAAGGUUCUCCCAUCUCCACAGAGGAACUCUGGAGCUCUGUCAGAGUGACCAUCGAGUUCUUGGUCACCUCCCUGACCAAGGUCCUUCUCCCCCGAUUUCUCAGUUUGGCCAGGCAGACCGCUCUAGGGAGAGUCUUGGUGGUUCCAUACUUGUUCCAUUUAAGAAUGAUGGAGGCCAUUGUGUUCUUGGGGACCUUCAAUGCUGCAUAAAUGUUUUGGUACCCUUCCCCAGAUCUGUGCCGCAACACAAUCCUGUCUCGGAGCUCUACAGACAAUUCUUUCGACCUCAUGGCUUGGUUUUUGCUCUGACAUGCACUGUCAACUGUGGGACCUUAUAUAGACAGGUGUGUGCCUUUCCAAAUCAUGUCCAAUCAAUUGAAUUUACCACAGGUGGACUCCAAUCAAGUUGUAGAAACAUCUCAAGAAUGAUCAAUGGAAACAGGAUGCACCUGAGCUCAAUGUCAAGUCUCAUAGCAAACGGCCUGAAUACUGAUGUAAAUAAGUUAUUUCUGUUUUUUAUUUUUAAUACAAACCUGUUUUCGCCUUGUCAUUAUGGGGUAUUGUGUGUAGAUUGAUAAGGAAAAUGUUAUUUUAAUCAAUUUUAGAAUAAGGCUGUAACGUAACAAAAUGUGGAAAAAGUCAAGGGGUCAGAAUACUUUCUGAAGGCACUGUAAAGUAACAACAGGGCCUGGCCUGUGUUAAAAGUGUUUAACCUUUUACUGCAGUGGGAUAAAUCAGGGGCACACAGAGUGUUUCUAAGUAGUCUUAAACAAAUCUACUUUGAAACAAAAGUAUACACCUCACACACAUAGAUUUGGCCUUAAAAAAAGAAGACACCUGUACAAUGUCAGAUAUAGAGUUGGAAUAUAUUCAAAUUUGAGUUUGCAUCCCAAUAUUACACUCUAUAUACAUCACAGAAGACUGAAAUAUAACAAAACCGCUUGACAUAGAAACACUGGAUUUUUGGCUGUUUAAAAAAAUAAUGUUUUUUAAAUUAUGAACAAUAUUAAUAACAUUACACCCAUAAGGCCACUAGGUCAUUUGACUGCAAGAAAGGGCUACAAAAGUACAAAGUGUUUGUUAGGUGUUAAGUCUGCGUUUAAAAUAUGCUUAAAAUGAUUAAAAGGCUAAAAGUGAUUGUGUAGAAAUGUGUUUGUGAAAUAAAAAAUUGAAAUUGUUUUAGAAAGGUAGUGGUAAUAUUUCAUUCAGUACAGAAAUUUGUAGGCAGCUUAACAUACAUACCCUGUCCCGCCACUCAACGUACCCCAUACCCGGGGUAUCUUUGUUAGAUAGAAUACUAUAUGCUGAAUGUAAAAAAAAUAAAAAAUGGCUCAACUUACCCCACUAUCCCUUACUGAAGCUCUAUUGCAGACAUAUGGGAAAUGACUGUUACACAUUUCUAAAUAUUCUGAUGCCUUAGCAAGUCAGGGCAUUUCCUUAUAACUUGUUAACCAGUGAACCACAAUGUGGGGCAACUUCACAAUACACUUCUCAAUCAACCAGUGACUAGAGGGUAUGAGGAGGAUAUGGAAGGCCUUCAGAGGUAUCCUCACACUAAAACAAGUGAGCAAAGAAUUAGAGACACUCCGAUUUCUGUUUCUGUACAAAACUAUUUCUGAUUUCCAUUCACAGUUGUAGGCUUACGGCUUUCCAUACAGCUUUUCAUAUUGAGUACUGUAGUGUCAUUCAGUACCAUCAUGACAGUACCAUCAUCACACGUCAACAUAACUUCCUCCUCUCAGUCAGAUGAAACAGUGAAAUAGUUUUCUGUGACAUGAUUCAAACCAGAGUCAAAGCAGAAGUACUAAUACAGGUCCUACUAGGGAUAAAAACAGAAGGAUCCACUGUGUCAUAUACAGUAGAUCAACACUGGGUAAGGUUUCUCCGUGCUUGUAUCUCUAAGAAAUAAACUGUUGAUGAGAAGUCUAAAGGAUGGCAGAAGAGCUGCAUUAUUCUACAGUGGUUUUCAAGAAUCCCAUCGUUUCUUCGCUGAAAAGUGAGUCUUGGCCUUUCUUUCUCAUCUCUUCAUCAAUGUCACUCUCUGUACUGUGUAGAUCUGGUUUAUAUUAGUAUUGGGACUCAGUCAAAGGUGUAGACCUGGCUUACAGGAGUAUUGGAGCUGAGAUGCAAGUGAAGACCUGGUUAACAGUUUAUGAGUAUUCAGGCUUUGGCACAUAUUUAGACCUGGCUUAGUUGACUAAUUGGGUUCAAGCACAGGUGCAUACAUCUUUUGAGCUGAGGUACAGGUGUAGACCUGAUUUGUAUGACUAUUGGGGCAGAAGAACACCUAUUCUUAUGACAAUUGGGGUAUGUAGCAGUAGACCUGCAUGUCUAACCCAAUAGAAAGAAAACAGGUGUACACCUGGUCUGUAAGAAUAUUGGGGCUGAAGUACAAGUGUAGACCUGGUUUGUAUGAAUGUUGAGGCUUGGGUACUGGGUUAGACCUGUUUUAUAUGAGUAUGCCCAUGGUUUUACCUGGUUUAUAUCAGUAAUGGGGUGUAUGGAUGCACAAGGCUCAUAUUGGGUCUGGAUGGACGUCUAUUGCCCAUUCAAAUCCUUUCUAGCAGCAAGUUUGUGGUAGGAAAAAAAGUGAAUGGGGCAAUAGUGUUAUACCACUGUACAAUGAGUUUAUCUAUGAAAUGAUUAGUGUAUACAGGUCAGAGGUCACAGGACUAAGAUAUGCUAAUAACAGGGUUGGGAUGUGCAGAGAAUAGCUGGAUAUAGGUUACUGUUGGUGACUUAGGGAAUACAAGGCAAAGUGGGUAACAGAGCUGAGAUAGGAAAGUAACAGGGACGAGGAGUUUUGGCAAAGAAGCUGGGGUCUAUGAGUAACAAAUAGGACAUUUUUUAAGGAUAUGGGUGUAUCAGUACUUAAUUGUGGGUGUUAGGGUUAGGGCAUGGGGGUAACAGGGCUGGGAUGUGUGGGUAAUUGAGUUUGGUUUGUGGGUAAGUGGACUGAGGUAUAUACAGUAGAUAUUGGAGCUGAGGGAUAGAAGGAAUGUCUGUUAAUUUUAUUAUAGGCAGAGCACUGUACGUUCACAUCGGUCACAAUUGACCGAGAAUAAAACAUAUGUUUUUACAUACUUUUACAUCUUUAUUUUAAAAAAGCAAUAUGGAUUACAUGUUAGGUUUACUAAUGGCAUAAUAUUUGCAUAGUGGCAUGUCUGGCAAAGAUUUGGUAACAAAUGAGUUCGCAAAUGGGUUAAUAUUAUUGAAUAUGUAUGUGUUGCCCUUUCUCUUCCCCACAGAGAAAAAAGAGGAAGAAACAGUAUAUGCUGAAGUAAAGGCUAAGGGAAGUGCAGUCACUCAACAAAGUCCUGCCAUGACAGGUACAUUUGAGAGAUAGGGCUAGAUUCAAACCGAACUGCGGAAGAUCCGCGUUAUUGUGUCUGAACGUCAAUUUGGCAUAGAGGAACUACGUCACUGCCUAUGUGACUACCUUAUCCGCUUGAAUAAAAUAAGAAAUAGUAAAUAGCAAAAUGUAAAUCAAUUUCCUAUUGACCCGACAUAUGCAGCAUUCACCGUGAAUUCGGUCUCCGCGAUUUCCUUUACAUUUCAAUCACGCUGUAACGCGGAUCUUCCGUGGUCUGGAUUGAAUCGAGGAGGCUAUAGUCAAAUUAUCCACCGUUUAUUGUUCAAUUAUUAGAUUUCAUAAAAUUAUGGAAUAACGCUUACCAUUAAAUGUAUACACUUAUGCUAACAAUAUGGCUAUAAUAACAUGAAUCUUAUCUUUACUAUUCCUAGUGGAUGAGAUGCCUGCUCUCCAUUCUCAACCCUUUCGAGGAGUGGCAGUAUGUUUGGGGGUUGUUUGUGUCCUCUUGCUUUCAGCCAUUAUAGGCCUCUGUGUCUACUGUGAGUAUAUGGAUCAUAAAGUAUUAUGGAUUUUGGAGGGGUGCAGGAUGACAUCAUAGAGUAAACAUGUCUUUCUCCACAGUCAGCACUGCCUUCUCAGAGCACAACACAAAGUUGGUGAGGGAACUGGAGCAACUAACAGAUGCGCGUACAUUUCUACUGGCGGCCAAUCAGGUCCUUACGAACCUCAACAGCAAUCUGAGUAUAGCCAAUCACAUUUUGCAGAGUGAUUAUAGCAAUGUAAGCACUGCAAACCAACGUUUAGUAGCUGAGAAAGAAGAGGUGUCAAGAGAGAGGGAUAGACUGAACUGGACUCUUAGGGUCAUAUAUCAGUUUGAAGAUUUUCCUGUCAAUCAAUAUUGUUCACCAAAAGAUGGCGCAGGAGGUAAGCCUCCUUCCUGUUACCCUUGUUUUCAUCAUAAUGUACACCACGUGUCAAACUCAUUCCACGGAGGGCCGAGUGUCUGAGGGUUUCGCUCCACCCUUGUACUUGAUUGAUUAAUUAAAGUCGCUAAUUAGUAAGGAACUCCCCUCAGCUGGUUGUCUAGGGCUUAAUUGAAAGGAAAAACCUGCAGACACUCGGCCCUCCGUGGAAUGAGUUUGACACCCCUAGUGUACACUGAAGACAAACUUUGCACUUUGUAUCUUACUCUCUAAUAUUGGUAAUACGUAUGUAGUAUACUUACCUCAUACUGUAAUUCAUCAUUGUUGCAGAGAGAAAGUGUAACCCUUGUCGACAUGGGUGGAUGUUGUUCCAAUCUAGUUGUUACCAGAUUUUGUACCCUCCCGCUCCGUGGAACACCUGGGAACAAAGCAGAAUGGAUUGCAAACAAAAUAAUGCUGAUUUGGUUGUCAUAGGCAGUCAAAAGGAACAGGUGGGACAAUGCUACAGACUAGAGUUUUGAGGGACAGAUUCAUUUGACAUUUAAUGGGGAACUCUACAAAUUAAAUCUCCAAAAAGUGAAAUGGAACUAUAUUAUAAUGUGUGAUAUAUAGAUAUGAGCUCAAGGUAAACCAGUUGUUACUGAAAGACAAAAGCACAAAGGUCAUUACACUGCUGCUACCUGUUGUGCAGUUUGUUAUUCUCUCUCAUUUGGACCUGAUUAGAUGCAUUUAUUCAUAACGUUUAGACACUGUCUCCCAAAACUGUGGAUUACUGUUAAACACCGUUUUUUUCAACUACUUAUGGUUUCAUUCAUUUCACAUUCAGGAAUUCAUUCAUAACCACACUCAAUACUACUAUGAUAAAGAUCAUGGGUACUGGAUCGGUUUAAAUGACAUAGCUAAAGUCGGCCAAUGGCUCUGGGUUAGUGGAAGUCAUCAGAAUCUGACUGAUGGGUAAGGACAUUUUAUUCAGUGUAAAUCCAACAAAGAAGGAUUGUUAAAUCAUUUUUUGAUUCAGUCAUUUCUUUUCAUUCAUGGAGGUGUUCUCUUUUCACAGGUUUUGGAAGAGACAAACUGGGGGUGAUUGCGUGUUAACUGUCCCAAAUAAUGCACCUUUGGAUAAUUGGAAUGCUGAAUCGUGUAGCAUGCAGAACCGUUGGAUCUGUGAAAGUAGAGCAUUAAUAUUGUCAGAUGAAAUUGCGGGGACACUCUCUUAAGAGGUAUGCUCACAUACUAAACUCAUAUUAUUGCAUCUUCCUUUGAGGGUUAAAUUGAGUUGUAUUCUUCUAAUUUAACGACCCCUGCAUCUGUUUGUUGCGGUCAAUUCGAAUUCACUCAAUUCAGGAAGUGAUUUUAAUUUACAUUAAAUCACAUUUUAUUUGUCUGGUACACACAUUUUGCAGAUGUUAUUGCAAUACCUAACAAUACAAAAAAAUCUCACAAAUCCCCAAAAUGUAAAUAAAGGAAUUAAGGAAUAUCAGGACGAUCAAUGUCUAGGUCCGGAAUAUAAAUAUACAUAUAUAGUGGUGUGUAUAGAAAAGGUGUGUGCAGCUGUAGUUAUAUAGGAUGAACCUUGACUAAAGUACAGUACUGUAUAUACAUAUGAAGUGGGUAAAACAGUAUGUAAAUAUUGGAAAACGUUCAUUGGCUGACUUGAAUUCGAAUUGACCCCAACAAGGGUCUGUUUUGUAAUUUUUCACGUUAACAAUCAAGGAUCUGUUGUGAUGUAGCUAUAAUGUAUUAAAAAAAGUAUGUUUUGUUUUGAGCUUUCAUAUAAAUCAGGCACAUUUUCUUUAAUAUCAAUAACUUCACUUUGACAAUAAAUGAAGUAAAAGUGUAAUAAAUAGAAUGGAAGUUACGUUUUUUAUAAAAUCACUCAGUUUUAUAAACUAUGCAAUACUUCUAAAUUAGCAGCUUUAGGCACUUGACAACAUUUUUCUUUAAAGCGGCAAUCAGCAGUUGACACAAUAACAAAGCUUGUGUCCCGCCCCUGUUUUGGUAAAAAGCUGAGGGAUGGGGCUGGAGAAAUGUAACCACUGUCAAAUUCAUAGAAGAGCUAUGGGUGCAAGGACUGACCACCCAUGAUAUAAACUUUAUGGUUGUAACCGUGUUAUGAGUGUUUGUUUAAAUUUUAUUUGAUUACAAACUCUGGAGGAAAACAAGCUUAUAUAUUGGGUUGUGAUGGAGAAUGGCAGUUGAACUAAGCUCAUGAGACAUUUACAAGUUAUAUUCUUCAAGAAUCCACAGGUACAUAUCAUUAAUUUAUGUCCUAAAAUGGAUGAAGCAACUGCAGAUUGCCCCUUUAAGCAUCAUGCAAAUGUGUGACAUCACAGAUAAGUAAGGAAACCAAAAUAAAACAUGGACAUUGCUGUGCUCAUAUCUAGCGACCUCAUAUCUGAGGUUGAUAUCCCAGUGUUUAGAGGUAUAUAAACACCAGUUGACUCAACAUUUUUAUUUAUAAUAUCCAUUUCACUAUCAAGUCUAUUGUUGAAUUUUUGCAGGAAACAAAACAGCCUUUUUAUGUUAACGGUGUUGCAAUACUGUCCAUUGAGCCCAGAUUAAAAUAUACGGUGUUUCAUAUGAUGGUUUUAUCUGUCUUUGAGAUGCAAUGAACAUUGGAGCUCUGACCAAAAGCUCCUAAAUGGCUGACCUCUUUGCCUCUCCAACAAUCUUAGGCAACCAUUGAAGUCCUCAUCAAUCUUGUUACAUAUGAUUUCUUUUUUUGAGGUAUGGACUCAUUGUGUAACCUGUCACCUAUUGUCUGUUUGUCCUCUUUGCAUUUUUUAGUUUGACCUUUUAUUUUAGGUUCCUCCUCCACCGUCCUCACUUCCUCUCUCUCCUCUAUUGCUGCAUUCCGUUUAUUUUUUAAUUUUUUGGAGGGGAGUCCUCUACAGUUUCUGAUUGGUUGGUUUUCUCUAUCGUUAGUGUGUUCCAUCUCCUCAGCCUCUGGAGCCACCUCUUUGUUCUUGGACAACUUCUUCUUUUUCAUAAUAGUGUCUGUCAGUCACUGGGAAAAAUUCACGAUUUCAUUGACAUUACUGUUUUGUUUAGAAGACUGUCUCUGUAUAAGGAGCAAUGACGUGUAUUCAUGGAUGCCAAGAGAAGCCAUGGUUCCCAAACAAAAUGACCAAGAAAAAAAACAUACAUUUUUUUGUAUCUUUCGUCUCUCUCUGUUUCAUAAAUGUUCUUCAAUUCGCAAGAGGCUGAAUGUAUCUCACCGGAGAAAGCAUCUGAGUGGACGAAACAGCACCCCUCAGUCUCAGUACAGUGGGGGAAAAAAGUAUUUAGUCAGCCACCAAUUGUGCAAGUUCUCCCACUUAAAAAGAUGAGAGAGGCCUGUAAUUUUCAUCAUAGGUACACGUCAACUAUGACAGACAAAAUGAGGGAAAAAAAUCCAGAAAAUCACAUUGUAGGAUUUUUUAGGAAUUUAUUUGCAAAUUAUGGUGGAAAAUAAGUAUUUGGUCAAUAACAAAAGUUUCUCAAUACUUUGUUAUAUACCCUUUGUUGGCAAUGACACAGGUCAAACGUUUUCUGUAAGUCUUCACAAGGUUUUCACACACUGUUGCUGGUAUUUUGGCCCAUUCCUCCAUGCAGAUCUCCUCUAGAGCAGUGAUGUUUUGGGGCUGUCGCUGGGCAACACAGACUUUCAACUCCCUCCAAAGAUUUUCUAUGGGGUUGAGAUCUGGAGACUGGCUAGGCCACUCCAGGACCUUGAAAUGCUUCUUACGAAGCCACUCCUUCGUUGCCCGGGCGGUGUGUUUGGGAUCAUUGUCAUGCUGAAAGACCCAGCCACGUUUCAUCUUCAAUGCCCUUGCUGAUGGAAGGAGGUUUUCACUCAAAAUCUCACGAUACAUGGCCCCAUUCAUUCUUUCCUUUACACGGAUCAGUCGUCCUGGUCCCUUUGCAGAAAAACAGCCCCAAAGCAUGAUGUUUCCACCCCCAUGCUUCAUAGUAGGUAUGGUGUUCUUUGGAUGCAACUCAGCAUUCUUUGUCCUCCAAACACGACGAGUUGAGUUUUUACCAAAAAGUUAUAUUUUGGUUUCAUCUGACCAUAUGACAUUCUCCCAAUCCUCUUCUGGAUCAUCCAAAUGCACUCUAGCAAACUUCAGACGGGCCUGGACAUGUACUGGCUUAAGCAGGGGGACACGUCUCGCACUGCAGGAUUUGAGUCCCUGGCAGCGUAGUGUGUUACUGAUGGUAGGCUUUGUUACUUUGGUCCCAGCUCUCUGCAGGUCAUUCACUAUGUCCCCCCGUGUGGUUCUGGGAUUUUUGCUCACCGUUCUUGUGAUCAUUUUGACCCCACGGGGUGAGAUCUUGCGUGGAGCCCCAGAUCGAGGGAGAUUAUCAGUGGUCUUGUAUGUCUUCCAUUUCCUAAUAAUUGCUCCCACAGUUGAUUUCUUCAAACCAAGCUGAUUACCUAUUGCAGAUUCAGUCUUCCCAGCCUGGUGCAGGUCUACAAUUUUGUUUCUGGUGUCCUUUGACAGCUCUUUGGUCUUGGCCAUAGUGGAGUUUGGAUUGUGACUGUUUGAGGUUGUGGACAGGUGUCUUUUAUACUGAUAACAAGUUCAAACAGGUGCCAUUAAUACAGGUAACGAGUGGAGGACAGAGGAGCCUCUUAAAGAAGAAGUUACAGGUCUGUGAGAGCCAGAAAUUUUGCUUGUUUGUAGGUGACCAAAUACUUAUUUUCCACCAUAAUUAGCAAAUAAAUUCAUUAAAAAUCCUACAAUGUGAUUUUCUGGAGAAAAAAAAUCUCAAUUUGUCUGUCAUAGUUGACGUGUACCUAUGAUGAAAAUUACAGGCCUCUCUCAUCUUUUUAAGUGGGAGAACUUGCACAAUUGGUGGCUGACUAAAUACUUUUUUUCCCCCCACUGUAUGUUCAGUGUAAAAGCGUGUACUGAAUGACAGAGUCAUAGACCAUUUAGGCAACAUGAAAGAAGAGGAUGGCAUUGCCGUUUCUCUACAAGUAGGGUGAGUCAACAUGUUUUUUCUACUUGUACACACACGCGCACACACACACACACGGUUUUCUUUGCAACUUGUGGUAACUCUCCGUGGUUCUAAAUCAAUAGUUGUUUAGUUGUCUGAAGAUGUCGGAAACAUUACCUUGCUUGACCAUGCUGUAGGUCAUGUAACUGUUUGUUACAUGCAAUAUGUUUUGUGGACUUCACCGGACAGAUGUUGCUCAACGGUUUUGUGUUGAAACAAAGGUGUGGUUGAAUUUAUUCUGCCACUGUGUCUUCUUAUUGUCUCGGCCUAUAUAUUACGGUGUGAAGGAAUAUGAACUAACAAGAUUUAUAGAGCAAACAACUCAAUUAUCACAACACAUAGGUUGUAAUACAGCAAGAAAAUUCUUGAUUGACUUCCCCAGUGAUUUUACCCACGCACCGCUACUGAUAAGGAGGGUAUUAAAAGUCUUCAGAGGUAUGCUCACAUUAAAACAACAGAGUAAUGAAAGACAAUCCUAUCUCUGUUUCUGCACAUAGUUAUUUCUGUUUCCCACAGCUGUACAGUUUUCCAUAUUGAGUACCACACAACGAUGUUACUAUCAUGACACGUAAACAUAACUUCCUGAGUCAAAUGUGUGAAUCUGUACAGUGACGUUUUUGUCUGUGAAGUAACCUCGUCCCCAGGUUCAAUUGCUACAGAGAGAGAGCCAGCUGGGUGGAGAUUAUCUGUGAGUAAUUAAUGCAGACCAGAGUCAAUCCAGAAGUACUUAUACAGAUCCUACUGGGGAUAAUAACAACAUUAGUCACACUUGUAGAAAGAAAGCGUAACCAAACACGCUUCAGCUUGAACAAAAAAGGUAAUAAGGUGCUUGACUGAGGGACUUGAAAAUCCCCCAAAACAUUCAUCACCCCUGGACACUUCAACAGGUAAAUAAAUACAUUUAAAUAAACUGGAAAAUAAAGAAAAGGCUGUUAUGAAUGCGUCCAAUGCUGAAACGUAAGCCUGUUGCUUUAAAUACAACAGAUCAGUGCAGACAGAGAACUGAAGAGUUGCAGUAUUCUACAGUGGUUUUAAAAAAUCCACAUUUUACUUCACCAAAAGGUGAGUCUUAGCAUUUCUUUCUCUCUUCGUCUAUCUUACUCUCUUUUAGUUCAUUUCUAUCAAUUAAGCUAAUUCUCACUGCCAGACCUAGCACUAAAACAGUUUUAUUUAAAUCACCAUGUUUUUAAAUAUUCAAAUUGAAGGAUGCUUAAAACAAGCGAGCAAGUUAUGCAGCUAUUUAUUCCUGAUUAUUUUCAUGUUUGAUCAAUUCUGUGUUGGAGAACGUUGAUGCCAAAUGUAUUGUAAAUUAAGGUUUGAUCAAGUACCUCUCUGUGACAAGUUACAUUCUUACCACAGUAAAAACUAAUUCAAAUAAUGGCAUACUGUCAGAUUCACUAAUGAAGCAUAUUAAAAUGUGGCUAUAAUAAUUCACUCCUAUCUUUGCUAUUCCUAGUGAAGGAGGGCCUAUUCCUAGUGAAGGAUGGCCCUACUCCCCACUCUCAACCCUUUGGUGGAGUGGCAGUGUGUUUGGGAGUUAUUUGUGUCCUGUUGGUGUUAACAAUUAUACCUCUCUGUGUCUACUGUGAGUAUGUGGAUCAUAAAGACAAAAUAAUAUGGAGAGGUGCAGGUUGAGUAAGCAUGUCCUUCUCUCUACACAGUCAGCAUCUCCCUCUCAGAGCACAGCGCACAUUUGGUGAAGGAACUGGAGCAGCUAACAGAUGACCAUAUAUCCCUACUGGCAGCCAAUCAGGACCUAAUGAAUCUCUACUGCAAGCUGAGUGCAGCCAAUCACAUUUUGCAGAGCGAUUACAUCAAUGUGUCUACUGAAAACCAGCAAUUGAAGGCAGCGAGGAUGAACUUGUCAAGAGACAGAGAUGGGCUCAAUUGGACUCUUGGGGUCAUAUUUCAGUUGAAGAAUUUCCCAGUUGAUAACUACUGCCCAUAUAAAAAUGCCAACACCAAAGGUAAAGUUUACAUCCUAGUUAAUAUUUUCUCAUUCAUAUGAAUUGUCUCAUAUGCUGAUGGUCCAGAAUGUAUGUCACAGUGAUGCUUUAUGUUGCUUUAAAUGUCAAAAACAGUAUGUAGCUGGUUGUAGUGGUCCUCUGGUGCUCAGUUGAUAGAGCAUGGCACUUGUAAUGCCAGGAUAGUGGGUUUCAUUCCCAGGACCACUCGUACAACAAAUGUAUGCACGCAUGACUGUAAGUCGCUUUGGACAAAAGCAUCUCCUAAAUGGUAUAUAUUAUUAUUAUAUUACUUUGCAUGUUUCAUGUUGCACAGACAGAGAGUGCUAACCUUGUCAAGUUGGCUGGGUGCUGUUCCAAUCCAGUUGUUACCUGUUUCUGCACAUUAAAGUCCCAUUUGGUCACCUUUGGAGGACCUGGCAAGGAAGCAGACAGCACUGCAAGAACAACAAUGCCGAUUUGGUUGACAUAGACAGUCAAGAGGAACAGGUAGGACACUGCUACAGGUAAAUGGGUUUAAGGGAGAUUCACACAACCUUUAAAGGGUUACUCAAGCAAUACAAAUGUCCAAAAAGUGAAAUAGGAACCAUAUUAAAAUAUGUGAUAUAUAGCUACUGUAUGUUCAAGGAAAUCCCCUUAUAACAUGAAGUUCAUUAACACUGCUACAACUGUACUCUUUGUUAUACCGUAUGAAAGUGGUACUUCCUGUUGUCUCGUUUUGUAGGCUAAGAAUGGGCUUCAAAUAAGACUUUUCUAACUUUCGCCGAUGUGUCUUACUUCUUGAGCGUCAAAUAUUUUGAUAAAAGGAAUUGGGUAUGAGCAAAUCAAUACAUGAAUACGAAUAGAAUUGUAUAUAUAUAUAUCUUAUACACUGAGUGUACAAAACAUUAGGAACACCUUCCUAAUAUUAAGUCGCACCCCAUUUUGCCCUCAGAACAGCCUCAAUUUGUCAGGGCAUUGACUCUACAAGGUGUUCAGAAGCGUUCCACAGUUGACAAUGCUUCCCACAGUUGUGUCAAGUUGGCUGGAUGUCCUUUGGGUGGUGGACCAUUCUUGAUACACAUGGGAAGCUGUUGAGUAUUUUUUUUUAACUGCAACGUUGCAGUUCUUGACACACUCAAACUGGUGCGCCUGGCACCUACUACCAUACCCUGUUCAAAGGCACUUAAAUAUUUUGUCUUGCACAUUCACCCUCUGAAUGGCACACGUCUCAAGGCUUAAAAUUAUUCUUUAAUCGGUCUCCUCCCCUUCAUCUACACUGAUUAAAGUGGAUUUAAUCAGGUACUCCCGAGUGGCGCAGUGGUCUAAGGCACUGCAUUGCAGUGCUAGCUGUGCCACUAGAGAUCCUGGUUUGAAUCCAGGCUCUGUCGUAGCCGGCCGCGACCGGGAGACCCAUGGGGCGGCGCACAAUUGGCCCAGGGUAGGGGAGGGAAUGGACGGCAGAGAUGUAGCUCAGUUGGUAGAGUGCUUGCAACGCCAAAAUUGCGGGUUCGUGUCCCACGGGGAAAAAAUGAAAAAUAAAAAUAAUGUAUGCACUCAGUAACUGUAAGUCGCUUUGGAUAAGAGCAUCUGCUUAAUUACUAAAAUGUAAAUUUAACAAGUGACAUGAAUAAGGGAUCAUAGCUUUCACCUGGUCAGUCUAUGUCAUGGAAAGAGCAUGUGUUCCUAAUGUUGUGUAUAACCACCUUUUCAUGAAUUUGAUUAUAUAAGCUUGAAGCCCAUUCAAAACAAGUAGGGGGCUGACAACAGGAAACAGGAAGUACUUUCAUACCUUAUUCUCUUUCAUUUGGACCCGAUAAGAUGCAUUUAUCCAUAACGUUUAGACACUAACGCUCCCUCCCAAAACUGUGGAUUACUGUUAAAUGCAGCCUAUUUAUUUAUUUCUACUUGUGGUUUCAUGAAUUUCUCAUUUAGGAAUUCAUUCUUAACACUCAAGCCCACUAUGAUGAAGUACAUGGGUACUGGAUCGGCCUGACUGACAUAGCUGAAGACGGUCAAUGGCUUUGGGUUGAUGGACGUCAUCAGAAACAACAAAGAAGCAUGUUACCUAGAACAACGCUUCACUAAGGGCUGGAUUCAAUCUGUAUCGCGGAAGAUCCACGUUAUAGCUCAAUUGAAAAUCAAUGUUCCCACUUUCGAGACUGCAUUCACAGUCAAUGCUGCAUGUCGGAAACCAUUAUCUUUAAAUCUUAACGUGGAUCUUCCGCGAUACGAAUUGAAUCCAGCCCUAAAUCAUUAUUUUAUUUGGUUAUGUUUUCUUUUCACAGGUUUUGGAAGCGUCAGCCUGUGUGGGGUCGUGAUUAUGCUUUAACUAACCCAAACAAAUGCACCUUUGGCUAAUUGGAAUGCUGCAUUAUGU